CUAAUGUGGCAACACUAAUUUUCUUUAAUGGUGUUUUGUUGAAGUGGAGCUCGAGAAAAAGUAAAUUUUCACUAGGAAACCAGAGAAAAUUCUAGGUAACUACUUCAAGAUACUGUUUUAGAGUUGCUUGAGGUUGAUUUGCACGUGUUGGUGAGCAGGAAUCCGCAGAGAUGCCUUUGGAAGACGCGCAUGACGAUUUGGGCAGUGCGAGUCAGAGGCUCACGAAUGAUGACUUCCGGAAGCUGUUGAUGACGCCUCGCACGGCGCCAGCGUAUGUGUCUGCAUCCAGUCGUGGUGAGACACAGACCAAGGCGUCCGCCACGGCGAAGGUGAGCAACUCUGAGCGAUACGAGGCGCGGCGGAAGAAGAAGAACUUUUACGCGGCGCUGAAGAAGCAGGAGGAUCACAAGAUGUCCGAGCUGGCGGAGAGAUAUCGCGACAGGGCGAGGGAGAGGCGCGAUGGAGUGAAUCCCGAUUACCAGAACACCGAUCAGACGGGAAGCUCGAGCAGUGCGUACAGAACAGUGGCGCCGGACGUGAAGUCGGGCAUCGAUGCGGCGGAGAGGAGGCGACAGAUGAUCCAGGAGUCCAAGUUCUUGGGCGGUGACAUGGAGCACACUCACUUGGUGAAGGGUCUGGACUACGCGCUGUUGCAGAAGGUGCGCAGCGAGAUUGUUGCCAAGGAGCAGGAGCAAGAAGAGGAAAUGGAGAAGAUUGUGGAUGAGCAGGAGCCGCCGAAAGCCCCGGAGCCAGAGAGGCCGAAGCGCGAGGAGGAGUGCAAGACGGUGAUGGGACUUAACAUAAAGUCCCUCCUGGCGGCGCAGAAGUCCAAAGUGGUGGAGCGCAAUGAGCUCUUCCUGCCCGGCCGAAUGGCGUACGUGAUUGAGCUGGAGGAUGAGAAUGCUGAGAACGACAUCCCGACCAUUCUCAUUCGCUCCAAGGCAGACGUGCCGGUGUCCAGUGUGGAACUGCAAACACUCACCACGAAUGACAUCGUGAUCAACAAACUGUCUCAGAUUCUGGGCUAUCUCAGGCAGGGCGGGAAGAACAAGAAGAACAAGAAGCGCGACAAGGACAGGCCGCUGUUCAAGGAGACAGACAAGAAGGCGGACGUGGAUGCGAUCUACACGCGAGACGAAGUGCACGAAGCUGCCAAGCACGGAGAAUCCUCGACCGCUGGCAAGGCGGCGAUCUUCGGGCAUCCGGAGGCUGGUUACUUCGACAAAUCAUCCAAGGAGAUGACCAAGGGCUCCAAGAGCGGCGGAAGCUUCCCCAAACCGCCGGUGAAACUGCCCUCGGGACUUAUCUCGCGUCUCACGGCAGAGCCUGAGGGUUAUGCCGAGUGCUAUCCGGGAUUGCAGGAGAUGAACGACGCCAUUGACGACUCGGACGAGGAGGUGGACUACACGAAAAUGGAUCUGGGCAACAAGAAGGGUCCCAUUGGGCGCUGGGACUUCGACACGCAGGAGGAGUACUCGGACUACAUGAGCACGAAGGAAGCGAUGCCCAAGGCGGCCUUCCAGUAUGGCGUGAAGAUGCAGGACGGCCGGAAGACGCGCAAGCACAAGACGGACAAGUCGGAGAAGGCGCAGCUGGACAGGGAGUGGCAGCAGAUCCAAAAUAUCAUUGAGAAGCGGAAGGCCAAGCCGUCCGGAGAGGCGCCAAAGGCGAAGGCCAGCAAGUACUGA